AUGCCUAAUAGCAUUUAUUAUUCAGAUAAAUAUUAUGAUGACGCAUACGAAUACAGACAUGUGGUACUACCAAAAGAACUUGAAAAACUUGUACCGAAAACUCAUCUUAUGUCUGAACGAGAAUGGAGAGCAAUUGGAGUUCAGCAAAGUGAAGGAUGGAUACAUUAUAUGACUCAUCAACCUGGAAAUUUAUCAACAAUGUAUCUAAUAAAAGAGGUCUAAGGGAAAGGAAGAUAAAAACAAGUUACUAAUACGAUUAAUUAAAUUCAAUGAAGAGAUGAAUACUUAGAGAUUAUCAUUAGAAAAUUUGCAACUUCAUCUAUUUUAAACAGCAAAUAAAAAAUUCGAAGUACAACAACGCAAAAUGC